AUGGCCGUGGGUGUUGGGUUCUUGAAGCCAUCCAGGAUCCGACGGGCGCUUCUCUUCAUGGACAACAUCUACGUCUUUACACUCAGAAAAACAACGCCCACUGUUGACCUCGAGCCACAUGCGUGGGAACACCACAAACGGCCGCCGCACGAGGAGACUGCGAACAUACGACGUGCAUUCAUUAUCGUUGGCGCACAGACAGAAGCAGAACAAAAGACACUCGAGAGUCGGGAAAAAAAGGAUCUCUGCUGCAACCAGAGCUCCGGGCGCACAAAGCGUCAGUGUGCUGGUGCGCCGUCCUUUUGUCUCCGCUCGGCCACAGCGGAUGAAGUGAUGAGGGGGUUUGUGAAGAAGGAGCUGGACACCACGACAUGA